AUGGAACAUUCCGCUGCAAGUUCUUCUGGAUCUAUUCAAUCUCGUUCUUGUAAGACGGAAGGUCAUGGUGUGUCCGCUACAGUAUGUGCAAACUGCGGAACUACCACGACACCUUUGUGGAGGAGAGCUCCAACUGGAGAGACGAUUUGCAAUGCUUGUGGACUUUACCUCAAGGCUCGUAACGCAGUUCGUCCGCCAUGGUUAAAACGUAAUGCUAUUAAAAAAGCUACACCAUCUAUUCCUGAAACUCCCGAAAGUAAUAACUGCGGAACUUGUCCAGGUGAUGGUCAUUGUGAUGGUACCGGCGGAUCAAGUUCUUGUGAUGGUUGUCCGGCCUACAAUCAACAUCAAGUGAAUCGCCAAGCCUUGAUAUGCGCGAAUUGUGGAACUAAUACAACCCCUUUGUGGCGUCGAGAUGAAGCUGGUAACACGAUAUGCAACGCUUGUGGUCUUUACUUUAAGUUGCACAAUGUUCACCGUCCCGUAACCAUGAAAAGGUCGGUGAUCAAGCGUCGUAAACGUGUUGCUUUGGCUACAACUCCACCACCUCAAACUCAUCAUCAAUCUGGAGGAUCCGAUAAUGAACAUCAAUCUAGGAAAGGUCGAGUUCAUAAUCCUCCUACUCCACCCUCAACCUCUGGUUCUGAACGUGGAUACGUUUCAUCCGAUGAUGACAUUUGCUCGAUCGAAGAUUUAAAUGUCGGACGCAAAAGAAAAGCUGAUGAAUCCAUCGUUACUAAUAAACGUCGUUGCGGAAACGCUAGGCAAGUCCCUCUCAUUGAAGAUUAUAUCAAACGCAAUUCUCAUAAUAAUGAAGGGAUGUGGAAUAAUCCUGGUCAAGAAUCUUAUGAUGAACGUAGACGUAGUUUGUCACCUGUUGAACCCACUUUAAAUUCUGGCUUGCCUCAAGUUCACAUUCAUCAAAAUAAUAAUACUGGAGCAUUUAAUAGUCGUCUUAUGGGAACUCCAAGCGUUCCUUUACCUUCCGUUUUCUCCGGUCAAUAUAAUGAAAACAAUAAUGUUUCACCUCAAGGUUCUUCGGGUUCUAUUUCUUCCUUGUUGAAUCCUAGUUCCCCAACCGGACCUACACAAUUGCCUCCAAUUAUUAGUUCAGUUGGUAGUAUGGUGGCACAAAGUGCGCCUUCAACCAUUUCAUCUCAUUCGAGCUUUUCAAACAACGUUCCAUCCCAUCAACCUUUACCGACUGCCGCGGUCGCUGAUCCAAGUAUAACCCAACAGGUCUUGCAAGCUCAUCGUCAAGAGUUACAACGUGAAGUUUCCCACCUAAGCAUGUUGCUCAACAGAACCACCGCUAUUUUGGUCGGUUUGGAUCAAGCUAUGGCUUCUAAUGCUGCGACUCGUGCAGUUAACGUAGAGAGUGGCAAUAGCAAUUUACUUCCUUCGAUGAAUUAUGGAUCAGCACCAGAAAAUAAUAAAGGCUGUGCUCUUUAUAAUGUUGGAUUACCUUCUCCUCCUGUUAAUGCCGGAAUUGGUCAAAAAUCAUACAUGCAAAAUGUGACCCUUCCACCUCUUUCACCUUCUGCUUCUUCUGAUGGUCAAAUGACCCGUUAA